CUCGGCUUCCUCAGGCAGCCCGCGAGAGUUUCCUCCCCCUCCCGCUUCGCUCGUCAACUCGAGAGCCGGAGGCUGGGGGGGUGGGCGCGGAGAAGCCGCCGCUAGCCGCUUUGUCCUCUCGUUUCCUCGCAGCUUCCGAACAGCCGGCGAGUCCCGGCGGACCCCAACAUCGCCUCUCGAGCCGCCACCGCAGCAUGCUCAAAGUCACCAUGCCCUCCUCCUCGUCUUCGUCGUCCCCCUCCGCCUCCGCCACCCCCAGCGCCAGUAGCACUCUCGCCUCUGCCCCGCUCCCUGCCCCUACCCCGGGCCGGGUCGCCACCCCCGCCGCUGCCGGCACCGCCAGCCCGGAUUUUUGGAUCGACGGCUCCAAUCGGGACACCCUGACGGAUUAUUACGACCUCGAGUCAGAGCUGGGACGGGGUGCUACAUCUAUUGUCUACAGGUGCAGGCAGAAAGGAACUCAAAAGCCUUUUGCUGUCAAAAUCUUGAAGAAAACUGAGUUGCCUGCUGAAGAGCUCUGUGCAACUCUAAAGAAGUUAUUUGAAGAACAGGUAGAUAAGAAGAUUGUCCGAACAGAGAUAGGUGUUCUUCUUCGACUUUCACAUCCAAAUAUUAUAAAAUUGAAGGAGAUAUUUGAAACCCCCACAGAAAUCAGCCUUGUUUUAGAACUGGUAACAGGAGGAGAGCUGUUUGACAGAAUUGUGGAAAAAGGAUAUUACAGCGAGCGAGAUGCUGCUGAUGCAGUGAAACAAAUCUUGGAGGCGGUUGCUUAUUUACAUUCCAAUGGAAUUGUUCACCGGGAUUUGAAACCAGAAAAUUUAUUGUAUGCAACUCCAGCUCCAGAUGCACCUUUAAAAAUAGCUGAUUUUGGACUUUCCAAGAUAGUUGCAGAUCAUGUUACCAUGAAAACAGUCUGUGGAACUCCAGGAUAUUGCGCACCAGAAAUUCUACGAGGGUGUGCUUAUGGCUCAGAAGUGGACAUGUGGUCCAUAGGAAUAAUCACCUAUAUCCUACUUUGUGGCUUUGAACCAUUCUAUGAUGAAAGAGGAGAUCAGUAUAUGUUCAAGAGGAUUCUGAACUGUGAAUAUGAUUUUGUUUCUCCCUGGUGGGAUGAUGUAUCUCUGAAUGCCAAGGAUUUGGUUAGGAAGCUAAUAGUGCUUGACCCCAAAAAACGCCUUACCACUUUCCAAGCUUUACAGCAUCCUUGGGUCACAGGAAAGGCAGCCAAUUUUAUUCAUAUGGAUACAGCUCAAAAGAAACUCCAAGAAUUCAAUGCUCGCCGUAAACUGAAGGCUGCCGUGAAAGCUGUUGUUGCAUCAAGUCGUCUUGGAAGUGCAAGCUACCAUAGCACCCAUGACAGCAAUAAGCUCAAUGAAAACCAGCGUGUAAGCUCAGAAGAUGAUACAGAAGAAAAAGAGACAGCAGUAUGCCACAUAACUCAGGGAAUGGACAUUCAGGAACAAGGAUCUGAAGGAGGAGAGCCCUAAACCUUGCAAUGUCUUCUUUUAGCAAAGACCGCCCAUUUCAUGCACCAGUCAAUUUACCAUUCAGCAAGAAUGAAUUAUGGAUGACUUUGCUUUCAGGUGUAAAGUCCAACUGUAGCUGGUGACCUGAACUUUAAUGCAUGUGAUUGCUUCUGAAAAACAGUAAAGUCUUUUAUUGGCAUGCUGUGGAUAAAGUGCUGUUUACAGUAAUGCCAACAGGUGAAUUGGAGAAUAGGAAGUAUGCGCACAUCUUAUGAGCAACACAAAUAAAUAAUGUAGAAGGUUUAAAAGAUAAUAUAUAAAAUGCAGGAUGGUUAUUGUUGACACAAGAAAGGCAUUCUCUAGCAAUCAUGACAUUUUUCCAGUAUGUUUCCUUUCAAAUUUGUAAUUAUCCAGUAGGCACAAGGAUUCACAAGUGGGUUUUUUUAAAGCCUAUGAAAGAGUUUUAUUUAUCAAUGAUAUAAAAAUUAUUUAUGAUGGAACAUUUAAGAGAUUUAUAAGCAAAACCAUGUUUGUUCCUUUGAAAAAUUGAGAAGUGAUUGGGAUGACUAAAAGAUCUUGAUGCUGAUGUUAAGAAUGCCUUACCUCUGUUGGUAACCAUUUCUGUAUAGUCUUAAUUUAUAGCUGUCAUUUGGCAUUUCAGAAUUAAAUAUUCCUUUGCCAGAACCAAAUUCCUGUAAGAGUUGUACACAAACCAAGAGGGUGAAGAACAGAUGCUGCACAAAACUUAGAAUCAGUCAUCAUUAUGAAAUUGUGCCCUUGUUUAUAGAAAAUAAUUUAUAGCUGUCAUUUGGCAUUUCAGAAUUAAAUAUUCCUUUGCCAGAACCAAAUUCCUGUAAGAGUUGUACACAAACCAAGAGGGUGAAGAACAGAUGCUGCAGAAAACUUAGAAUCAGUCAUCAUUAUGAAAUUGUGCCCUUGUUUAUAGAAAAUUGGGAAUAUUGAUCUGAAAUUUUAGAAUUAUACUACAAGAAGGAUAUAUGGUAUCCAGAAGGAGCGUACACAACAUACUGUAGAAAUACUUAUAUAAUAGGUGAUACAGGGAGUUUCUGCAGUCAGAGGAUGCAUGAAUGGGGUGCCUUGUCAGUAUACAAUCUUUACUAAAUAUAGUUUAUGUGAGUUGAACUAUCAGCAGAAUGGCUUUUGAACAACAAACUUUUCUUUGUAAUUCUAACGUCAGAAUUCCUGAAUACAAAAAAUUUACAAAGAAAGAGGUGACAGUUACCCUAACAGCCCAGUUCUAUAUAUUUCUACUUAGAAAUAAGUGCUAAAGAGUUAGUAGUAUAUAUUCCGUGAUAACUGAGUAUAGUUUUAGAAUGUCAACCUCCCAGAAACUAAUUAAGAGUAUAAUUACAGUCUCAUUUGCUUUUUGGUACACGCACAAUAACAUAAUGUUCAAUAAUUUUUUCUUUUCUUAAUUAUGCUUUCAGCAGCAUUGUCCAUCAGCGGAACUACAAUUAUUAGUAAACCAAGAGCAUGUUCUGAAGCAAAGGGAAUGCAUUCUUUUCACUUUUUAUUAUAUUAAAAUGAAGGGUAAAUGAACAUUAUUUGUGUAAGGCUAGGUAUGAUAGAAUCAUGGUUUAGUACAAAAUAGCGUAUAAAGUUGUUUCUGCAGUAAAUAUUAUAUAUGCUUUUCUAAAAUAUACAAUGUUAUUCUGAAUGCAUGAAUAAGAACAUGAGAAAUAUUUGUUUCACACAAGGAAUAAUUGGAGCAAGCACAAGGAAUCAUUGCAAGAUCUUAUUCUUGUGAGUUGAAAAAGGUGACUUAAUAGCUGUAUUGACAAGUACAUUUCUUGUCUGGAGUAAAUGAUUUAGACAGUAAAUUAAUAACAACUAUAAUAAACCUCCAGCAAUAUCUAAAGCACUUCAUAUAUAUGAAGAAGUAUGUGUACACACACACACGCACACACACUUUUGGUGAAACUGCAUUCUCUGAACUCAAAAUAAUCCCCUCUUUCACAUGCUAAAUGAUAUAUACAAAUUCCCUAGGCCUGUGGAAAUCCGUGUAGAUAUUCAAACCAUCAGAUCAUAGCUUCUAGGUGUAAUUAAAUGCAUGCCCCACUGAAAUGAAUCAAUGAAUUACUUUUGUAGUUUUCGCCAUGGUUUGCAUUGAUGGUUUAGAUAGCAUGAAUAUAAGGUUAUUGCUUUCACGAAUUUGCUUUCAUUGAUUUUGCUAUAUGAAUGUAUCUGUGUAUUUUAGUCCUAGCAAGUGUGGAAACACAGGGUAUAAGUGGUAAUUUAUUUGUUUUUAUAAGAUUAUGCUGCACAUUUUCCACUGAGAUUCUACUAUAAAAUUAAUAUGUGAUGAAACAUACAAAUAGACCUCAUUUAGCAAUUGUUCUCAGUUACAACAGUAAGGAAAAUAAUUUUAUGACCAGUUCUUGCAUUUACGAUCUUCGCAGAUCUGUAAAGCAGAGGAAAGCUGAAGUAAGAUGAUAACCUCAGUUUCAUUUAGCACCUCCUUCACUUAACUACUGAGUUGCCAAUCCCAAUUGUGGUCACUAAAUAAUUACAUUACAUUUAAAAUUGUCUAUAAAAUGCCAGCAUUUUAGUACCAAGGAAUCUAAGUUAGGUGCUACUGAGACAAGUCCAACUCCAGUUCACUUUUUAGUAAAAAUUCAUCAGUCUCCUUGAGCCCAUCUAAUCAACUUUAUUGUCUUCAUCCUGAUCAAGUACCAUGUUUUUCCUAACCUUUUUCCCUCUUGUAUCACAUGCUCAGAAUACAAUAGGUGAAUUUUUGUUUGUUGUCUUAAGGGAACAAUCAGCCUUCAUUUGGAACAGGAAUGGUCGAUGUUUUAGUAACAUUCCCAAAUUUUUAAACUCAAAAGGACUGUACCUCAAUUUUUCUCAAUAUUCGGAGUUAUACAAGGCCACUGAAAAGACCAGUAUUUAAACUAUUCUGUUUAAUUUUUCAUUUCUUCCUAUAACUUAUAUCUUCCUAAAAAUAAUCCUCCUUUUUUCCUUUCCAGCACAUUGUCUAUUUUUAUCUAGAGCAGUGUUUCUUAAACUGUUUUUCACCUCAAAGUACUCCUUCCCACUUUUAAAAAAUUAUGGAGGGUUCAAAAGUUUUUGUUUGUGUGGGAUGUUUAUCAUUAUUUAGGAUACUAAAAAUUAAAAUUGAGCAUUUGUUAUCGCAACCGUAAGAUUGUUUGAUGGGAUUUUAAUAUUGGAUUAUUUUUCAACAUAGCCUGAUAAAUAUUUUGCAGACCCAAGAGGGUCUUGAGGUACCCCUAAGGGUCCUAGGAUCACCCUUUAAGAAACACUGAUCUAGAGUAAUAUUUAUUUCAAGCCUUCACUUCUUCAUUGUCAUGCAGAUAGAUAUUAUUUUGGUUGUCUUAAUAGUUAAUAUUCAUCUUUAAUUUUUUUUCCAUUUUAACAUGCACAAUAAUUAUAAUUAUAAUUCUUUGAUUGAUACAAUGGUGUCGUAAGAAUUUUUCAAAAUUAGUAUUUUAGAAAUAUUAGAAAUAAUAGAAAUUAGUAUUUUAAUUUCCAGAGCUGAUUUCAACCUUAAAAUCCUGGAAACUGCCGUUCUUAAAACAUAUUGGUUGUAUAAACUAAAUGCAAGGGAAAAUAUAUAUCCUUUUGUUGCUCAUUUUCCUAUACCAAAUCACUCUGUUUCACCAAAUUUAAAAAAGCUUCUUGAUCAUACUUACA